AUUAUUAUUUCUCAAAAAUGGUGGAGCUUUCGCGAACAAGCCGCAGGUUUUUUCUCCCCGCCACCGAUCGCUCCUUAUCGUAAUCUUCUCCAUUGUCCUGGUUUCCAUUUCGGUUUCGUGGAAUUUUUCAUCGAAAAAUAGUCUCUGAAUCAGGGAAACUUAAGGUUCGUGGAAAAGUUCCAAGGUAUAAAGUCUUGAGUUGGUUGGUUGGGGAAAGUGAGAAUUCGGACUUAAUCAAGUUGCUUCUUUUUUUGGUUUGCGCUGAAACCAAAUUAAUUGAAAUGAGUGUGGUGGGAUUUGAUAUUGGAAACGAGAACUGUGUUAUUGCCGUGGUGAAGCAAAGGGGUAUUGAUGUUUUGUUGAAUGAUGAAUCAAACCGUGAAACCCCGGCUGUGGUAUGUUUUGGGGAGAAGCAACGGUUUAUGGGAUCUGCUGGUGCUGCUUCUGCAAUGAUGAACCUGAAAUCCACAAUAUCUCAGGUCAAAAGACUAAUUGGCAGGAAAUUCUCAGAUGUGGUUGUGCAGAACGAGCUACAAAAGCUGCCUUUUGAAACUUCUGAAGGUCUGGAUGGGGGCAUUUUGAUUCACUUGACGUACCGGGGUGAGAGCCAUACAUUUACGCCAGUGCAGAUUCUGGCAAUGCUCUUUGCUCAUUUGAAAGAGAUAACAGAGAAACGUUUGGAAAUGCCCAUUUCAGAUUGUGUAAUCGGGAUCCCAUCAUACUUUACGGACUUGCAGAGACGUGCAUAUUUGAAUGCUGCGACAAUUGCUGGGUUAAAGCCUUUGAGAUUGAUGCAUGACUGUACUGCUACUGCACUUAGUUUUGGAAUUUAUAAAACAGAUUUCCCCAGCUCUGGACCAACUUACGUUGCAUUUGUUGACAUUGGUCAUUGUGAUACCCAGGUCUCUAUUGCAUUAUUUGAGGCUGGACAUAUGAGGAUAUUAUCACAUACUUUUGACAUAAGCUUGGGAGGGAGAGACUUUGACGAAGUUUUGUUUACUUAUUUUGCUUCAAAAUUUAAAGAGCAGUACGGUAUUGAUGUGUACUCUAAUAUCAAGGCAUGUAUCAGGCUGAGGGUAGCAUGCGAGAAGCUGAAGAAAGUGUUGAGUGCAAACCCAGAGGCACCUCUAAAUAUUGAGUGUCUGAUGGAGGAGAAAGAUGUCAAGGGAUUUAUUAAGAGGGAAGAAUUUGAGAAGCUAGCUUCGGGAUUAUUGGAUAGGAUGAGCAUUACUUGUAACAAAGCCUUGGCUGAUGCAGGGUUGGCUGCAGAGAAGAUCCAUUCUGUUGAGCUAGUUGGCUCAGGAUCUAGGAUUCCAGCUAUUACAAGAUUGUUAGCUUCGAUAUUCAGGAGAGAACCCAGCCGGAAACUGAAUGCGAGUGAAUGUGUGGCACGUGGAUGUGCUCUUCAGUGUGCAAUGCUUAGUCCAGUUUUUAGAGUUAGAGAAUAUGAGGUUCAAGAUAUUAUACCUUUCUCCAUAGGAUUUUCAUCAGAAGAAGGCUCAAUUUGCACGGGGUCAAAUGGUGUGCUGUUUCCUAGACGCCAACCAAUUCCAAGCCUUAAGGUUCUAUCAUUUCAACGAAGCUAUUUGUUCCAUUUGGAAGCAUUCUAUGCCAAUCCACAUGAACUGCCCCCUGGUGUCCCACCAAAGAUUAGUUGUUUCACGAUUGGUCCUUUCCACAGCUCACAUGGUGAAAAGGCCAGGGUUAAAGUCAAAGUUCAAUUGAACCUCCAUGGAAUUGUCGGUGUUGAAUCAGCUUGGUUGAUAGAAGAUCAUGUAGAUGAUACAGUCACAAGCAGCAAUAUUCAUUCGAAUAUAGAUAAAAUGGAUGCUGAAUGUGCUGCUUCUGAUAUGGUUGCAAACGGUGUUGAAGAUAGUGCCCGUGCACAGUCUAAAUCUUCACAUGCUUCUGCUGAGGGAAUAAGAAGUGAUAAAGUGACCAGGAGGCUUGAAAUACCAGUUAGCGAAAGUAUCUAUGGUGGAAUGACCGAGGCUGAGCUCUCUGAUGCCCAAGAAAAAGAAACUCAGCUGGCCCAACAGGACAGAGCUAUGGAACAAACCAAAUUCAAGAAGAACGCCCUGGAGUCCUAUGUGUAUGAUAUGCGAAAUAAGCUAUUCAACACAUAUCGGAGCUUUGCAAGUGACCAUGAGAGAGAGGGCAUCUCUAGCAGUCUACAGCAGACAGAGGAGUGGCUUUAUGAGGAUGGGGAUGAUGAAACGGAAAGUGCUUAUACUUCAAAACUAGAUGAUCUUAAGAAGUUGGUGGAUCCAAUAGAGAAUCGUUAUAAAGAUGAAGCAGCAAGAGCACAAGCAAGAAGAGAUCUGCUCAAGUCCAUUGUGGAUUAUAGUAAGGCUGUUGAUUCAAUCCCACCCAAGGAUCGAGAGACGAUCAUUAAUGAGUGCAAUAAAGCAGAGAAGUGGCUAAUAGAGAAAUCCCAACAGCAAGAUGCCAUGCCUAAGAACAUGGACCCAGUAUUAUGGUCAAGCGAUAUCCAGAGCAGGAAAGAGGAUUUGGACACGACAUGCAAGCAUAUACUGAGAUCAAAGGCUGCUCCUCCAAAUCCAGAGAACUCGGGGCCAGACCAGCAUGACACUUCCAGUCACGCAUGAGAAGUCUGACGUAUUGAUGCCUCCAUGGGGAUGAGACGAGAUCCUCAUCUGAUCUUGACAAAUGUAGAUCUCGCUUCAUUUUUAUUUUUAUUUUUUGAAAUAAAGUUUCUCUCUUUUGUGAACCGGGACAUGGGGUGUUAGUAAUAGAAGAGGUUUGUAGUCAAUGUAUGACCCAGUUUUUGCGUGAACGUCAAGGUCUCUCAGCUGGUGCUUUUUGUACAAUUGGAACAGUUGUAGCUGCUGUUAAAAUUGGGUUCCGCGGGCAGCUUCUUGGUAUAGGACUGAAAUUUGUGUGAAAGUUCAAUUUAGUGGUUUACUUGUUUUACAAGAAUUUUAGAGCUAAAAA